UGUAAUGGCUAGUCUGAUAUGAGGACUAAUAGCGUUCCGUAAUAUUGUAUCCUGUUUGGCUAUGGAAGGUGCGAUCAUUUGCAAUAAAGUUUCAAAAUCAGAUGAUGACAUGCGAGUAAAAUUCACAAACGAUCCGUCAGACAUUCGGAGAUCACUUAGAAUAUUAACUCUUCUUUCUCGUUGUAAUAAGAAAUUCCGCAUCCACCACCUUCUCUUUCUCUUAGGUUUCAACACACUCGAUAUAAUUACUAUGUAUGCAGCACUAAUAGCCACAACCUCCUCGGGCGACAUUUCUAUAAACACUGAGAAGUGUGGUCGACAAAAUGUUCCGCGACAUGUAUGUCGGCACAUUCCACGUAGUUGUUGAGGAACAUGUUCAGCAACUUGUUGCUCCAAUUGUCCCCUAGUGUAUCCGUGGCUUAAGCCCGAAACAAUCGCCGAUCUACGUCGAUUCCUCGGCAUGGUAAACUUUUACCGCGACAGCGUACCUAACGCGGCCCGCAUACAAGCCGCUAAACGCGUUCCUACAUAAUUCCAAGAAACGCGACGCGCGUAUUGUCAAAAAGAGUAUUCCGUAAUAUUUUCAAAACAGAUUUUAAAUGCAAAAAAAUAUCACCUGAGGACAAAAAUAUUUUUGUAAACACUACUGAGUAUAAGAAUCAUAUUCAGGAUAAAGAAAAAUGCAAACAACUGUUUUUAGAAGACCAAAAAAUCAGUCAAAUAGCUAAUUCUAAUUCCUUAUGCGUGAGCUUUGAUUUAGAAUAAGUUCUGAAUACUCCACAUGGUAAAAGUGUGACCUUAUAUUACUCGAGAAAAAUAUGCAUACUAUAAUGAAAGUAUAUAUGAAAGUGGCACAAGGAAUGGAUAUUGUUACGUAUGGGGCGAAUGCCAAGGAAAAAGGGGCUGUAAUGAAGUAGUUACAGUUAUUUUUAAGUAUCUGAAUAUGUUAGACCAAAAAGGUACCCAUACCGUGGUUAAUUUAUAUUCUGAUAGCUGUGCUGGGCAAAAUAGAACCCGUGCAAUGAUUUCAAUGUUAAUUUAUUUCUUGAAAACUGCAAUAACAAUUACACAAAUAAAGGUAACUUAUCUUUUACCUGGACACACCAUGAUGCCUGUGGAUUCUAUUCAUAGCACUGUUGAAAGUUUUGUUCGCAAUAAAACAGUAUGGGCUCCUUCUGAGUGGCCAACUAUGAUUACUAAUGUAAGAUGUAAUCCUAAAAGCUACAUUGUAAAUGUUUUAAACUUUGGAGACUUCAUGGAUUGGAAGUCCGUUUCACAAGCUUUAUUGCCUGCUAAAUUUAAAAUUAAUGGGCAUAGCCAUAUGGAAUGUGACUCCGAUCAUGCUGAUAUUGAAAGAACAAAAAAGAAGACUCAUCUGAAAAUUAACCAUUUAAAUGACUGGAUACAACUGGUCAGGUUAUGCAAACUUAAAAACGCGUUUGAAGUAAUGCCGAUGCAACUAGAACUUAAUUCACUGAAUUUCUCAAAUUCAGUGAAUUAAGUUCGAAAAAGGGUCCGUUCACAAUUAAAAAAAAAGAUGUUCAUGGAUUUUUUUUUUAUGGCAACCUGUAAAGUGGCUUCAAUUUCGAAAGCCCAUAAUAUCACAUCCUAUCACAUCACACCCCCUUUCACACCACAAUAUUAUUGCGAACCACUUUGUUCCUCAUACUAUCACAAAAAACUCAGCUUUCAUACCUUUUUCAAAUUUAUAUUAUAAAAAAAAAAUGUUUCAUUUACUGUUUUUGUUUUUUUAUUUUAAGUUCAGUUUAUUAUUCUAAAUUAAUCCAAUCAUUACAACUGCAUACUUGUGUUUAUAUCGGGAAUAAGUUGAUAAGUCGUCGGUGAACAAUUGAACAAGUCUUUAUUUUAAUUGAUUAAAAAGAUAAUUUUAUCGUAUUCUUACUACGACCCAAAACGACUGAUAAAUUUGCUUAAUUCAGUUAAAAAAAAGUAUAAAGACUUUCACAAAGCUGCAAUUAAAAAGUCACAUAAAACCAAGAGGAAGACGAUUUUCUAAUGAGGAAAAGGUUAUGGCACUAACCAUAUUAAAACAAAGCCCAAAGGCGUAUGAAUUAUUAAAAAAAAUGUUUGUGUUGCCUUCAAAGAGAUGUCUGCAGGGCUUAUUACAUUCUUUUAGAAUGGAACCAGGCAUCAACAAAGAGAUUUUAGAAGAUUUGAAGAAAGUUGCAAGUCGCAUGUCUACGGAAAAUAAACUCGUUAACAUUUUAUUUGAUGAAGUUUCCUUGGCACCUGGCGUAGAAUAUAAUGCAGCUAUUGGCAAAAUCAUUGGCUUUGAAGAUAAUGGAUAUGCAAGAAAUAAAACUCUGGCUGACCACGCACUGGUCUUCAUGAUAAAAGGCAUAAAAAGUAAACGCAAACAGCCCAUUUGCUUCACAUUUUGUAAAGGAACAACAAAGGCGGCAUUAUUAAAAAAUCUUUUGAAAUGCGUUAUUAAAGAAAUAAAUUCAACUGGCUUAAUAGUUGUGGCUACUAUUUGUGACCAAGCCACAACAAAUGUAAGAGUGGUGCGGGAGCUACAAAACGAUACCAGAGAACUAGAUAUGAUCGACAGGGGGAAAUACUUCUACUUCAGAAUGGAACCAGGCAUCAACAAAGAUAUUCUAGAAGAUUUGAAGAAAGUUGCAAGUCGCAUGUCUACGGAAAAUAAACUCGUUAACAUUUUAUUUGAUGAAGUUUCCUUGGCACCUGGCGUAGAAUAUAAUGCAGCUAUUGGCAAAAUCAUUGGCUUUGAAGAUAAUGGAUAUGCAAGAAAUAAAACUCUGGCUGACCACGCACUUGUCUUCAUGAUAAAAGGCAUAAAAAAAAAUGGUGAAGUCAAAUGGGCUAAAUGGGAACAUCUAAAAAUGUUAUUAGCUGUUGAUGAUGGGGAUGACGAAAUUCGACUAGUCAAUAAGCUCACAGAAAUGCAUGUCGAUAAAAACAAAAUACCCAAAAUGAAAGUCAAGUUUGCGGCACAAGUAUUCAGCCAGAGAGUGUCUAGUGCCUUGAGAUUUUUGUCAAAACACAACAUUCUGCCAGACGAAUGCCAAGGAACUGCAGAUUUCCUCUUAGUGUUCGACAAGCUGUUUGACUCAUUUAAUGGCCAUUCUUAUGAAGGAUCGUCUAAGAAAUAUAAGCAGUGUUUAAAAUAUAACUCACCCCAUUUCCAACUGUGGAAUGAAAUGUUGCCAAUUUUAGAAUCAAUUAAAUUUGAAUCAGUAGUUAGAAAAAAUGAUUCUGUAUUGAUUAAGCAUGAGUCCAUCCCUUCAAUCAAAAAUUGGAUUCAUAAUAUAAAAACUUUUAAGGAAAUGUGGUUGCAUGUGAAUGUUGAUUAUAAAAUAAAAAAUUUACUCACUAGAAACUUUAAUCAGGAUCCUUUGGAAAACUUUUUUAGUGGUAUUAGAAGUAAUGGUGUACGUAAUAUUAAUCCUAAUUGUAAUCAAUUUAUGAAUGCUUAUAAAACAUUGCUGAUUAAUAAUUUUAAUUCUGUUCAUUCUGUUACAGCCAAUUGUGAGGACGAUUUCAAUAAAUCAUUUCAAUCAUUUUUUAAUUUGAUUGUUAAUAAACCUGAUUUGCCAGAUAAUGAUGAUUUUGCAUGUGAUAUUGAUGCACUAUUAAUAGUGAUGAAUGAAAUUAAAAUAAAUGAUUCAUUGAUUUAUAAUGAAUCAAAAAAGUAUGUAGCGGGGUACAUAAUAAAAAAAAUUAAAACUAACAUUUUCAGGACGUGUAAGACUUGCAUGCGUGAUUUAUGUAGAUCAGAAGUUGAUAUGCAAUCUUUCAAUUAUGAAGUUGAUUAUACAAAAAAAUCAUUAUUUCAUCCCAGCUAUAAUUUCCACAAUUUAAUGGCAGAUAUUUAUCAUUUGAUUGUAGCAUGCUUACGUGAUUGCCCAGAAUCAAAUGUAUUAUAUAAGAAAAUAAAGUUUGUGAUUAAUUGUGCAUGUGAUUAUAAUAUAAUAACCUGUAUAAAACACAAAGAGUUGUUGAUUGAAUUUAUUAACAAUCUUGCAAUCAAGUUGAUUAUACAGUUAGUGUACAGGGGUAAACAGAAUUUUAAAGGGCAAAAUAAUGACAUUCGAUGAGAAUGACCUUUUUUGAUACCAACGUUACAAUAGAUUCUCAGGAUACUUAUACUAUCGGCUGAGAAUCUUAACACCGCGAUUCAGAAAACGGACUCAAAUAAAAAGCUCCAUCUAUUAGCCAAAUUUAGAACUAUUUGAUUUUGAUUAAUCGCGGGUUUUGACAUAUUUGACAUAUCCGUUGCUAUGCGGUUAAACAGUAGUUGUUAUUUAUUUUCUUAUGGAUUCGCGUAAUCAUUAUUAGUGGGUAUUUGUAAUUGUUUUUCUUGUGAAUAUGAGUUAAUAUGCAGGAGUUAAUAUGCCGCGAAGAAAAAGCAGUAUUUGGGAGCAUUGUGAAGUGACCGACGAUAAUAAAAGUGUCAAAUGUAAUUAUUGCUUAAAACAUUAUGGUUACAGAAGUGCAACGCGUAUGGAAGAACAUAUGGCGAACUGUGAAAAAUGUCCAAGUGAUUUGAGACAAAAAUUCAGCAAAAUAUCAAGAGUAUCUCCGAUGUCACGAUCGACAAAUUCGCAAUCUGUGAGUAAUAGUACUAUUUCUAUUGCUCGGCCGAAUGAUCAAGAUCAUGGCAAUGUAGUGUCAACUAUAUCAACAAGUUGCCAAAUUUAGCGGAAUAUAGGGCACGAAGUCAAUUUUGGAGUAACGAGCUGUUGUGGAGUCCUAUUAUGAAUAUGGAAAAUAAUUCAUCUUCGUCACGUAGCGCUUUUUGGUAGCCGUUACGAAAUAAUUCGACACUAUGUGUCCACACUUUUUUAUUCUAGUAACACUUUUUGGUCGCUGAGUGUACUUAGUUCCGUCGCUACGACUAAAAAUGGGGAACAGUCGACACAGUAACAUUUGGUUUUAAAGUUACGUUGCUGUGUGGUAACAUUGUUCUUAGUCUGCAACCACUUCUCAGAAAUCAUUCGUUCGUUCAAUCGUUUUCGUUCUCUUUCUGUUCUGUGACUGACAAGUUAAAAAAUAAUAAGAAGAAAACAUCAGCCAUCACUGUUUAUCAAGCGAUUCUCAAACGUUUGGACAGGCCUGCAUAUUAUCAAAUUAUGUUUAGUAUAGUACUAACUAAAGAGGGCUCGUCCCACCUUAUAUCGGUUGUGCCUAGUACAUGGGUACUGGGAAACAACAAAGAUUCUAUUGUAACUUUCGUGAGACAUACUAAAUUAAUUAUUAUGUUAUCGGCUUACUCACGUAACGUUUUGACGAGGAACUCGACUAGUUUCAAGCCAUGCUAGAGGCUCAUAUUCAUGAGCAGCAUUACGCAACACACGACGCGGCGAUUGUCGCACUGCUACUGGCGAUUCGAGCUACGCGCCCAUCGCGCCCUCUGCCUGGAAUCGCGCGUACUAUCCGGCGCGCGCGACGAUGUUGGCUCGUUAGACUCGCUCGCCGGCG